GAGAGAUAUAGAAAUAAAUAGAGAGAGAGAUGGGUAAAGGGAGAGCUCCAUGUUGUGAUAAGAGUAAGGUGAAGAAGGGGCCAUGGAGUCCGGCCGAGGAUUUGAGGCUUAUUUCUUUCAUUCAGAAACAUGGCCAUCCCAACUGGCGUGCCCUCCCCAAGCAGGCUGGAUUAUUGCGAUGUGGAAAGAGUUGUCGUUUGAGGUGGAUAAAUUACCUAAGACCUGACGUAAAGCGGGGGAAUUUCACGCCUGAAGAAGAGGAAACCAUAAUCAAACUUCACAACUCUUUGGGAAACAAGUGGUCGAAAAUUGCAGCACAUUUCCCGGGGAGAACAGACAACGAGAUUAAGAACGUAUGGAAUACACACUUGAAGAAAAGAUUGACGAACAAAAAAGGAAAGGGAAGAAGCAACAACACUGAUGAUGACGAGGACGACGAUGAAAGCCCCAAAAACGACGCCGUUUCCCCCGACACUCCACCACCAAAAGAUGCAUCAUUAGACGCCUCCCCAACAUCUUCAUCGUCAUCUUCAUCAACAAAGCACGACCAAGCCACGGCGGAAGCCCCGCCAGAGCCGCCGACUCCCGGCGACCACGACAGCGUCAUCGACAUGGAGAUUUGGGACAUGUUGGACACGUUGGACAACCCAUCACCGCAAGAUCCGGAAAUUGUCGUUGCUGAUCUCCAAGCUACAGGGUCAAGUUGUGGAGGAGAAAUUGACAAGCAAGUGGAGUGGUUGAGAUACUUGGAAAAUGAACUUGGACUGGAAGAUUCUCCCAACAACAACAAUCAUGCACAGCCACAAAAGGAUGAUGAUGAUUCAAACCAUAACCUAGUACACUUAGACAGUUUUGAUGAUAACGAUGAUUUCAACGACAUGGUGGCAUCGCUGUAUUUCCCGACAUGGCCACCUUGCUCGCCUCAACAUUUUGGCAUAUAAGUCGCCAAUAAUAAGCCCAUAUAACUUGUUUGCACAUUAAAUUUCUAGGUCAGCUGUCUCACCCACCUUAUACAAUUCAACCACGGUUUGUAUGGUGGAAAUCUUAGAUGGAUACACGUGCCUGGAGAAACUUACUCAUACACGACCUUAAUUAGUUCGAUAUUUAUAUAUGUAAUAUACUAAUAUGUAUCACUAUCACACUUGUACAUGACAAAUUAAUCAAAACUUGAUUACCUAAA